AUGGACUUUCUUGAUGAGCUCGAGUCGAUGGCUCAGGUGGCUGUCCAGCAACCAUUCGAAUCCAACGAACCUGGCAACGAUGAUAUCAGCAGAUGGCAAUCAUUGUUUGGGUACACCUACUCUCAGGCGGCACAGAAAAUCCAAGAGCACAGAUCGGAUCUUUCUCGUGUUUUGGUCACAGAGUCUCACUGGGAGAUUGUGCGCGCGGAGAAAGAAGCACAAGGAUACAAUAAGGAGGCCUACGAGCAUUCUUGCACUCUGACAACCUGUAUCACCCCAACGCCACAGAAACGCUCGACAAGGGCUACCAAACCUUCUAUCUACCUACUCAAACUCGAAGGACCACUCAGUAACGUGACACAAGUGAAGUCUGCUGCUGGAUCCCUGGAAACCCCACCAGAGCUCAGAGGGACGGACGACUCAGGCGAGCCCACGACCUUCUGCAAAAUAAACUCAGAAGAUAAGGAGAAAAUCCUCGACUACCUCUCUCGGCAGGGUUCCCGGUUCCAACCUACCUUCGUCCGAUAUUCGAAAGCAGAAAAAGAUUUAUCCGUGGUGUCAGCAUACCCCAGCCUCGGCAUCGACACUACCAUGCCACAGCAUCGCCCCGUAUCUACAGAGGAUCUAAAGUUAUGCCCAGCACCAAACCAAUUCCCUGUCUGGUACUUCUUCUACGGGACAUUGGCCGAUCCUGCAGUUAUCAAGCGUCUUCUGGGCUGCGAGCCCUCCUAUCGCCCCGCGAGCCUGACCCGUGGCGCUCUCAAGACUUGGGGCGGCAAAUACAAAGCAUUGGUUGACGCUUUCGAUGACAGAGCAGAAGUUCAGGGCCAUGCAUUCCUUGUACAAAGUCAGGAAGAAGAGGAUUCCCUCCAACUUUACGAGACCGACAAGUACGAUGUAGUUCGGUGCGAAAUCCACAUGGACGACCAAAGGAUCAGAGGUCUCACAUUUCGAUUCAUUGGCGACGUUGAUCUAUAG